GCUGCCUGGAGAGUACCCCUGCUCUCGUCGGGAAUAUGAGUGGCCGCGCCCGCGUGAGGGCCAGAGGCCUGGCCCGCAGCCCCAGCGCCGCGGAAGCCGGUCGCACCUGUGCCCCGCCGUCACGGUCACGGUCGCCAUCACCAUCGCCUACAUCUGUUGAUACUGGCAACAAUGAAGCAUCUUCUACCAGUAGCUUCGUGGGAACAAGCAGGAUGUCCCAGAGUUGUCAAGACGUUGUAUCUUCCGGUGAUACUGGAUGUACUUUCACUGAAAGAGGUGGGAAAAUCAGACAGGACUUCAAGGAUCUGAGUGUCUGUACCAGAGAGAAAUUGGCCCAUGUGAGAGAUUGCAAAAGAGGUUCCAGUGGAGUACCUGUAAAACUGGUCGCAAAUCUCUUUAGUUUAGAUCUGCCCCUGGACUGGCAGCUCUACCAGUAUCAUGUGGCCUAUGUUCCAGAUAUAGAAUCUAGAAGGCUGAGAAUCGCUUUGCUUUACAGUCAUAAGGCACUUUCCAACAAAGCAAAAGCAUUUGAUGGCGCCAUCCUUUUCCUUUCACAAAAGCUGGAAGCAAAGGUCACCGAACUGUCCAGUGAAACUUCGAGAGGCAACACUGUAAAGAUGACUAUCACUCUGACAGGGGAGCUGCCGGCAAGUUCCCCUGUGUGCACCCAGGUCUUCAGCAUCAUCUUCAGAAAGAUCUUAAAAAAGUUGGCCAUGUACCAAAUUGGACGGAACUUCUAUAAGCCUUCUGAGCCCGUGGAAAUUCCCCAGCACAAGUUGUCCCUUUGGCCUGGGUUUGCUAUUUCUGUGUCACAGUUUGAAAGCAGGCUCCUAUUUACUGCUGACGUGAGUUAUAAAGUACUCCGGAAUGAGACUGUUCUAGAAUUCAUGGCUGGUAUCUGCCAGGAAACUGGUAUGUCCUGCUUUACCCAGAUGUGUGAAAAACAGCUGCUUGGGCUCGUUGUCCUCACAAGGUACAAUAACAAAACUUAUCGCAUCGAUGACAUCGACUGGUCGGUGAAGCCCACACACACCUUUCGGAAGAAGGACGGCACUGAGGUCACCUACGUGGAUUACUAUAAACAGCAAUACGAUAUUACUUUAUCCGACCUAAACCAGCCAGUGCUUGUGAGUCUGCUGAAAAGCAAGAGAAAUGACAGCACUGAGGCCAGGGUGGCCCACCUGAUCCCCGAGCUCUGCUUUCUAACAGGGUUGACCCGCCAGGCAACCACUGAUUUCCAGCUGAUGAAGGCCGUGGCUGGAGAAACGCGUCUCAGCCCUAUGGGAAGGCAGCAGCGCCUGGCCAGGCUCGCUGACGACAUUCAGAGAAACAAAGAUGCUCGUUUUGAGCUGGAGAGCUGGGGGCUGCAUUUUGGAUGCCAGAUGUCUCUGACUGGGCGGGUUUUGCCUUCAGAAAAAAUAUUAAUGCAAGACCAUGUAUGUCAGCCUGGGUCUGCUGCUGAGUGGUCCAAGGAUAUGCGAAAUUGCAAGAUUUUAAGUGCACAGUCUUUGAAUAAAUGGCUGAUUAUAUGCAGCAACAGAGAUGAAAAAGUGACCGAGGAUUUUCUGCACUGCUUGAGAAGAGUUGGAAGUUCCAUGGGAUUUAAUGUGGACUACCCCAAAAUCAUCAAAGUACAAGAAAAUCCAGCUGCAUUCCUUAGCGCUCUACAGAGACACGUUGAUCCUAAUGUUCAGUUGGUAAUGUGUAUCCUGCCUUCUAAUCAGAAGAGCUACUAUGAUUCCAUUAAAAAAUACCUGAGUUCCGUCUGCCCCGUGCCAAGCCAGUGCGCCCUCACGCGGACCUUGAACAAACAGGGAAUGGUGAUGAGCAUUGCCACCAAGAUCGCGAUGCAAAUGGCCUGCAAACUUGGAGGCGAGCUGUGGGCUGUGGAGAUCCCUUUAAAGUCCCUGAUGGUGGUCGGUAUUGAUGUCUGCAAAGAUGAGUUCAACAAGGGAAUGGUGGUGGUUGGAUUUGUGGCCAGUAUUAACCCCGGAAUCACCAGGUGGUUCUCUCGCUGUAUCCUCCAGAGAACGACGACAGAUGUUGCAGAUUGCUUGAAAGUAUUCAUGACUGGAGCGCUCAACAGAUGGCAUCGGCACAACUGCAGCCUGCCCGCGCGGGUGGUCGUGUACCGGGACGGGGUGGGGGACGGCCAGCUGCAGACCCUGCUUGAAUACGAGGUUCCGCAGCUGCUGAGCAGUGUGACAGAGGCAAGUUCCAAUACCAGCGCCAAGCUUUCGGUGAUCGUGGUCAGGAAGAAGUGCACACCCCGAUUCUUCACGGAAAUGAACCGGUCGGUGCAGAACCCGCCGCUCGGCACCGUGGUGGACUCCGAGGCCACACGUCCUGAAUGGCAAGUGCUGUUCGAAAAGUACGACUUCUACCUGAUCAGUCAGGCAGCCGGCCAGGGAACGGUUACCCCCACCCACUAUAACGUCAUCUAUGACGACAACGGCUUGAAGCCCGACCACAUGCAGAGACUCACCUUCAAACUGUGCCACCUCUACUACAACUGGCCGGGCUUAAUCAGCAUCCCAGCCCCCUGUCAGUAUGCGCACAAGCUGACCUUUCUGGUAGCACAGAACAUUCACAAAGAACCAAGUCUGGAAUUAGCCAACUCUCUCUUCUACCUGUGAUGACGGGAACUACGGGCGUCCCAAGAGGGGCUGUCUGAGGAGUGGGUGGAUUUUGUACAGACCUGCCGCAGGUGCAAAGCUGUGACUGGGGAAAGGAGAUUGAGCUUAGUUUCAACUUUUGGAAAAACACCCAACACAGCUUAAUCUGAGGUCGUUCAAAAGAAAUGCGUGGUGUUUUAUUUUGAAGAGUUUUAUGCUCUUGGUAAAUCCCCAUGCUGGUAAAUGGAAUUAAAAUGUGCCAUCGUCUGUAAGUAAUUCCACAAACUGAAUAUCCUCUAAGAAAAUAAGUGUUUGCACUUAAAAACAAAAAGUGUUUUUGAUGGUAGGAAAAUGGGGUCUAAUUCCCACCUUAAAUUUGCCCACGUUUUGUUAAAUAAUACUGUAGAACGUUUUGUAGAGUGGUUCAAAUAGUUAUUAGAAAAUAAAAUUCAGAGCAUUGCA